AUGAACCCUUCCGACACUCUCGGGACUGAUUCUAACAUUUCUCACACAAAUACUCCUGCAAAAUUUGCCCCUGCAGCUAGUGAUCGCCCUGUAGUGCCUACCCAGGUGGAAUAUUUUGAUCCUUUCUGCCCAGUGCAAGCUUACAGUGUGCGUGAAAAUUCCCGCUUCCUCGAGGGUCUGGGCCAUCCACGGAUGCAUCCUCCCCAUGCCAUGUAUCGUGAUUCGGAGUAUCCAUCUCCCCGCAUGUACAGCCUGGCCCUUUAUCCUGCUGGACCAUUACCUCCUAGUCCUGAUACCUCUGGACUGGUGCCUCCCACUGUCACAAACAUCCGACCUCCCUCUAUCCCUCCAAUCGCUUUUGCAGAGGCUGUGUCUGACAAAGAGCUUGAACAACCGUUACUUGCACCUGCUAAGGUGGGUGGUAAGGGAAAAGGCCCCACAAAGCCACAGGCUGACCCUGACAGCAAGCCAGUAGUUGGCGAGGCCCCCAAAAAAGGUCGGAAAGCUGGGGUGACUGGCUACUCUGCUGACGAAGUCAACCGUAUACUUAAGGAGAUUGGUCGAUGUCUCCCUCUUGGCGGAAAAGCUUGGGAUGCUGUUACAGUCACUUAUAAUCAGUGGGCUCGGCAGAAUCAUAUGAUGGAGCGCUCAUCCAAGGCCAUUCAAGCGAAGUAUGAUAUGAUUUGUUGUAUGGAAAAACCCACAGGAGAUGGCAAGCUGCCUGAAUAUGUGGAACUUGCUUGUCAGAUUGAGGAUUCCAUUACGAGGAAGUCAGGGAUGAUUGCACUUGGUGACUCUGAGUGGGAUGAAGGUGAUAUUGGGAGUGAGAUUGAAGGGAAAGAUGUUCUAGAAGUGUCAAGUGAGUCUGACGAGGGAGUGAGAGGUGCGAAGGUAAAGCACACAGGCCCAAAGAAGACAGUUGUCAAGGCAUUUCGUGCAAAUCCUCUCCUUGAACCCAGUGCUCGCCGACCUCAUACUACUGCUGCUUCUGAUGCAUUGUUGUCACUGACAUCUGUCUUUAAUCCUGCUGCUAUCAAGGAUCGUGACGAGACUCGGCUCUCAUCACUUGUCCAAUUCAAUCAGAUCAACACUCUGAAAGCUGAACUUCGCGAAGUGAGGCAAUGCAUUGAAUCGCUCAAUGACCACCUCAUGCAAGAGUGUCAUCGCGCAGAUCGUGCAGAGAGCCAAGUCGAAAUGCUCAAGUACAUGUUAUCAUCUCAGAAUGAGGCUCAUACCCCUGCUUGUCCUCCUGCUUAUCCCCGUCAAGCUUCGCCAUACUAUUUCACCUCUCCCUCACAAAGCCGUCGACGCCCUCGCUACUCUCCAUCACACUACUCUCCAUCACACUACUCACCUCGUUGA